AUCUCAUUUCAAAAGUCCUUUCAUGUAUGCUUUUGGGAUGUCCGGCUUGUUUCUUCAUGCCCACCAUCCCACACUAACCUUUAUCUUUCUACUGGCUACCUAAACUUUCAUCAUGUCCAUUUCCACUUUCUGUUUGGCCCCUCCUCAAACUUAUCGCAACAAUGAUGCAUACUUCGAUGAGGAAGAUGCUCUUUUUGAAAACACUGUUCAAGCUCUAUCAUCAGUUUUCUUUGUUUCGAACAAUGAGUCCGACAAUGCUGAACCCAGUUGUCGAUUCUUUGAUGAUGAUUGCAGUGAUGCAGAUUUCACUUGGGCAUUUCCAAAAGUAUCAAUUCCACCUGCCAAAAAGACGGAGAAAUGCUUUAUUAAUCAGGUAAAGAAGCGUUCUAACACACUGUCCUCAGAGGAUGAUGAUUACGACUCCGAGAUUGUAACUCCCGACAAAGUGAUCCCGCAAAAACAUCCCAGAGGAAAACGUUCUGGAAAAAAGCAAGCGGACAAAGAAGUCCAGAGUUACACUCCUGGUAUGAUUGCCUUUACAGGACUAUUGUCAUCACCUACUGGCUCACAAAAUUCGAUGACACCGAAAAAGAUUCGCAAGUCGAAGAAGAAUGUUCAGAAUGCUUCCUUACGUCGCAGCCCUCGUUUACGCAAGACAUCCAAGAACAGAGCCACGGUGAAAAGCAACAAGAAGAAUACCCCUUGAUAGGACAUGUUUGCACAAAUAUUCUUCCUUUCCGAACGGCUUCUAUGUAUCUUAACUCCAUAUGUAUACACACCCAUUCACCGACCUC